GCAGGUUAUACAUCGAUGGCAUCGGAUGAUUAUUUAUUUUUUUUCUUUUUCAAAUUUUGUAAUCUUCUAACAUUCUGCAGAAUGUCGUCUUCUUAUUAGUUCAGUGAGGGGUGAGGCAACCAAGAAUCCCCUAGCAAAGUCGGGAAAUAUAUGUGGUGGGAAAAUAUAAAUAUCAGAGAAACACAAUGCAGGGAUAGUCUCAAGCAAGGGGAGCAUACCGGUGGGCCUAGGAAGUCUACAAGGUUGUCUAAUUCAUCAAGUUUAACACCAACAUAUUACUUCCCCAUUACUACCUUGGACAAGUCAGGUCCAGAUGAUGAUACUUUUGAUGGAUAUCCGGUCCCCAAAUUACUCGUUGAUGCCUCACGUGAGAGCUGCAAGCAUGAUGGUCCUACCGAAUUUUCACCCAACAACAACUUUUUCCCAGAAAAGCUUGAGUUCCACCAAUCUCAUAAGAACACUAGUUUUCCUAAAUUAUUUCCAGACUUCAAUGGGGAAUGCAUAUCUCAGGAUUCAUUUUAUGUUGGGAGACGGAGAGAAGAUUUGUCAACAGAUGAUGGAAAGUUUGAGCUAAAGGAUGAUGCUAGCAAUUGCUGCAAUAACUUGUCCUCAGAAAAUGGUAAGCCAAUGGAUGCCAAUAUAGUCCCUCCAAGGAACCAAAAGAAAGAACUUCAGAAAUGGUGGCCCAAAAAGCACCUUGUUCUCGACAAAAUGCAGAAGAGACAUUGUCAUAUGCGAAGAUCCCCUAUAAAUAUGAGGCGGUAUUGA